CUCUUCUCAGCUACUCAUCCCCCUCUCUCUCUCUCUAUCUCACAGAGCUCUCUCUUUAUUUUAGCCGAAAAAUCACCAAUUCAUCAAAGCUCUAUUUCUCUCUCUAAAAAUCGCACACAUUCUCUCUCUAUAUCUGAUACCGUGGCCAUUGUUUGAAGAAUCUUUCUCACUUAUUUGAAUCUCUCAAACGGCCGGCCAUUCAUAAACUGUGACUUUGUUUUUUUUACUUCGAUUUAACUGUCUCAAUUUCUUUGAUUUCUUCGCACAUUCUUAGUUUCGAUCGGUCGUUUUCCGAUCCGAGUCUGAUUUGUCAGUGCGUUUGUUUUUUUCGAUUGAAUUCGAACAUCUACACUGUAAAGUUUGAGAUUUAUAGAAUAGUAAAGGUAUGGAGUAUUCACAGUCCGUGCAACAGAGGAAAGGAGGUUUGGUUUCUCUAUCGCCGUCUCAGACGCCGCGGUCGAGUGAUAAGGUGGCGAGAGAUCUGCGAUCUGCGGAUGGGAAUUCAAACAGUAAGCACGAUAGAGAAAAAGGAGUAAAUGUUCAGGUUCUUGUUCGAUGCAGGCCACUGAGUGAUGAUGAGAUAAGAUUGCAUACGCCGGUGGUAAUUUCUUGUAAUGAGAAUAGAAGAGAAGUUGCUGCAGUUCAGAACAUAGCUAAUAAGCAGAUUGACAGAACUUUUGCAUUCGACAAGGUCUUUGGUCCAACAUCCCAACAAAAGGACUUGUAUGAUCAAGCUGUCUCUCCCAUUGUGUUUGAAGUUCUCGAGGGCUAUAAUUGCACUAUUUUUGCUUAUGGCCAGACAGGGACGGGGAAAACAUACACAAUGGAGGGAGGAGGAAGGAAAAAGAAUGGGGAUUUCCCUAACGAUGCAGGGGUUAUUCCCAGGGCUGUUCGACAAAUUUUUGAUAUAUUAGAAUCUCAAAGUGCUGAGUAUAGCAUGAAAGUUACAUUUCUAGAGUUGUACAAUGAGGAAAUAACAGAUCUUUUGGCUCCAGAGGAAUUCUCAAAAUUUAUAGAUGACAAAUCCAAGAAACCUAUAGCCCUCAUGGAGGAUGGAAAGGGAGGUGUUUUUGUUAGAGGCUUGGAAGAGGAGAUAGUAUGCACUGCGAAUGAAAUUUAUAAAAUCUUAGAGAAAGGUUCUGCUAAAAGGCGUACAGCUGAGACUCUUCUUAACAAACAAAGCAGUCGCUCUCACUCAAUAUUUUCCAUCACAAUUCACAUUAAGGAGUGUACUCCAGAAGGGGAGGAGAUGAUUAAGUGUGGGAAACUUAAUCUUGUUGACCUUGCUGGUUCCGAGAACAUUUCGCGUUCUGGUGCAAGAGAUGGCAGAGCAAGAGAAGCCGGUGAAAUCAAUAAAAGCUUGCUUACACUUGGUCGUGUUAUCAACGCAUUGGUUGAGCACUCUGGUCACGUACCAUAUAGGGAUAGUAAAUUAACAAGGUUGUUGAGGGAUUCCUUGGGAGGGAAAACAAAGACUUGCAUAAUUGCCACAAUAUCGCCCUCCAUCCACUGUUUAGAAGAGACGCUUAGCACUCUAGAUUAUGCACACCGUGCCAAAAAUAUCAAGAACAAGCCAGAGAUUAAUCAGAAGAUGAUGAAAUCUGCGCUGAUCAAAGAUUUGUACUCUGAAAUUGACCGGCUUAAGCAAGAGGUAUAUGCUGCGAGAGAGAAGAAUGGAAUCUAUAUACCAAGAGACCGCUAUCUUCAGGAAGAAGCAGAGAAAAAGGCAAUGGCUGAAAAAAUAGAGCACAUGGAACUUGAUGUAGAAUCCAGGGACAAGCAAUUCCUGGAGCUUCAGGAACUGUACAAUUCUCAGAAGCUCUUGACAGCAGAAUUAAGUGAUAAACUGGAAAAAACUGAGAACAAGCUCCAUGAAACUGAACAUGCAUUGUUUGAUCUUGAAGAAAGACACAGACAGGCAAAUGCUACGAUUAAAGAGAAGGAAUAUCUGAUAUCCAACCUUCUCAAGUCUGAGAAAGCACUUGUUGAGCGGGCAUUUGAGCUUCGAGCUGAGCUUGAGAAUGCUGCAUCAGAUGUGUCUAGCUUAUUCACCAAGAUUGAGCGCAAGGAAAAAAUAGAAGAUGGAAACAGAAUUCUUAUCCAGAAAUUCCAGUCCCAAAUAACUCAACAGCUUGAAAUCCUGCACAAGACUGUUGCAGCUUCUGUCACACAACAAGAGCAGCAACUGAAAGACAUGGAGGAAGAUAUGCAAUCUUUUGUAUCCACGAAAGCAGAGGCCACUGAAGAACUUCGAGGCCGCCUGGAAAAGCUGAAAACCAUGUAUGGUUCUGGUAUUAAAGCGUUGGAUAAUUUAGCAGGGGAGCUUGAUGGAAAUUCUCAGUCAACUUUAGGACAUCUUAAUACUGAAGUUUCUAAACAUUCCUCUGCUCUCGAGGAUUUCUUUAAAGGAGUUCAUUCGGAGGCUGAUGCAUUACUUAAUGAUCUUCAAAAUAGUUUUUAUAAUCAAGAGGACAGAUUAACUGCAUAUGCACAACAACAGCGGGAGGCACAUUCAAGAGCUGUGGCUACCUCAAGGUCAAUUUCUCAAAUUACUGUGAACUUCCUUAAAACUCUGGACAUGCAUGCAUUACAAUUGGGCCAAAUUGUGGAAGAAGCGCAAACAGUCAAUGAUCAGAAAUUAUCUGAGCUUGAAAAGAAGUUUGAGGAAUGUGCUGCCAAUGAAGAAAGGCAACUUUUAGAAAAAGUAGCAGAGCUGCUUGCAAGUUCAAAUGCUAGGAAGAAAAAACUGGUUCAAACGGCAGUUCAUGGCCUCCGGGAAAGUGCAGCCAGUAGAACCAGCAGAUUACAGCAAGAAAUGUCAAUUAUGCACGACUCCACUUCUUCUGUUAAAGCUGAAUGGAUGGUAUACAUGGAAAAAGCUGAAACCCACUAUCUUGAGGAUACGGCUGCAGUGGAAAGUGGAAAGAAGGACCUGGAGGAUGUUCUUCAGAACUGUAAGCAAAAGGCAAAAGUGGGCGCACAGCAGUGGAGUGAUGCUCAAGAAUCAUUGCUCAAUCUGGAGAAGAGCAAUGUUGCUUCUGUGGAUGAAAUAGUGAGGGGAGGAAUGGAAGCAAAUCAAAACCUGCGUGCUCGGUUUUCUUCUGCUGUGUCAUCUGCACUUGGAGAUGCAGAUGUUGGAAACAAAGAUCUCCUCUCGUCAAUUGAUCAUUCUUUACAACUUGAUCGUGAUGCAUGUGAGAAUCUUGAUUCCAUGAUUGAUCCUUGUUGCGGAGAAUUGAGGGAAUUGAAGAGCGGACACUACCACAAAAUUGUGGAGAUUACAGAAAAUGCUGGAAAAUGUCUUCUAGAUGAAUACACGGUGGAUCAACCGUCAUGCUCAACACCCAAAAAGAGGUCAUUCAAUCUACCAAGCAUUGCAUCAAUUGAAGAACUGAGGACCCCUGAUUUCGAAGAAUUGUUGAAGUCAUUCUGGGAUGCAAAAUCUUCAAAGCAAGCAAAUGGAGACGUGAAACAUAUUUUAGGGGCAUACGAGGAUGGCCACUCCUUGAGAGAUUCCAGGGUUCCUCUCACUGCUAUUAAUUAAAGGGAGCGGAACAGACCUGAUAGAUGAUUACAGCAGUAAGUAGAAUUUUGUACAGAAUAUAUGGCUCAAGUAUGUACCACCUAUCUUAUUUGUUAAUUGUUUGUUGGAAGAAUUUCAUCGUGGAGGCGGGAAAUAUAAUAGAUUUUUCUAUCAUUUUUUUCUUCUUUGGUUUUUUUUGGGGGUGAAGGAGGGAGAUUUCAGUUCAUUGAAAUUCUCUGGUUUAUGACAGCUGCAAUGAGAUUUUACCAACAGGGGUUUCUGAGAGUGCUAGUAUUAUACAUUUCUAUUCUUUUAUUGUUUAUUGGGUUGCUUCGUA